AUGUGUCUGGAGGCGAGGCCAUGGGCAUCCUUUGCCAUCGGUCGUCGAGCGGCGUUUCGCCUGGUUCCGCCUGCGCUCGCCGCCGAGGUGAGCAGACCAGACGGCUUCAGCUACACCAUGCUGUCAGCAGGGUCCGACGGGGUCUCACCACGAGAUGGCCCUGUUCGCUCAUAUGCCAAGGUUUGGAUAAAGUUCACCGGUCACGUAGACGGCUUUGACGGGCCGGUGUUUGACUCCUCGGCGCUGCGCGGUGCACGGCGCCCGGUAAAGAAGGAUUAUGUGGAAAUCGAGUGCAAUACCGAUGACACAUUCGCUGCGGGAAUGUGGGAGGCGCUACAUUUGAUGAAGGCCGGGGAGAAGGGACGAUUCGUACAACCACCUGGUCUCAGUUUUGGCGGGGGCAAAGCAUCCUUCCAAGGAGACGAGGAUUCCGAGGUGAAGACGGUGCCUGCAGGCGCCACGCUGUACUACGACGUGGAGCUUGUGAGGAUUAUUCGGCCUUGA